UUGAAUGAGAGAGAGAGUGAGAGAGAGAACACAGGCAGCGGGGAGAGAGGAAAGCAGGCGCCCCAUGAGCAGGGAGCCUGAUAUGGGGCUUCAAUGGGUGCAGACUUCCAGUUUGAGGGAAGAUGACCAAGUUCUAGAGACGGAAGUUGCUGAUGGCAGCACAACAACGCAAAUGUGCUUAAGGCCACUUAAUGAUACGCUCACCAGUGAUUAAAAUGCUGUAUUUUAUGUUGUGUUAUUUUAUCACCAAAAGAAGGAAAGAGCAAGCAAGACUCAGAUGCCCAGGUGAAAAGCAGAGGAAGGAGGUACGAGGUGUGGAAGAAGCUUCCCCUGAUACCACAGGACAGCCAGUCAGUUAUUUUGUGACUGCAUCUGUGCUCCUGGGGGCUUCCCACCUUCUCAAUAAAACAGAUUCUGCCUCCAAUUGGAGGUUUUUCCACUCAGCCUUUGUGGGCACGUCACAGUUUAUUCAUAGGAUACACAAGGAGUAGUGAAAUUCCUAGGUCAAGGGUAAUACACAUGCUCAAAAUUUUACAUGCAAGCUAGAGCUGAUUAACUGCAAUCAAGGGGCAGGUUUUGGGUGAUCCAUGGACUUCUGAAGUCGGGGACAGCAUCUGAUGUGUGUGGGAGCACACGUACAAUUUUCUAGGAGUAGGCUCUCAAAAUACCUCUCGGGCUCAGGGACACCGGAGAGUAGAGCAUGAACGCUCCCCCAGCACAGAAUCCCCAACACAGCAUCAGUAAAACAAGUGAGAGAGCUCUGCCAAAUUAAGCGACGUAAACUAACUUUUCAAUCCAACAAGUCCAUGUGCCUGGACCUUCCCUACAUACUUAUUUCACUCUUGUAAGAUCUUACCUUCCCUCGUCUGUUUCCUCCCUCUGCUGCCAGACUGCACCGUGAAACAGGAAUAGAAGGAUGCAGAGAGCCCCGCAUCUGCUGGAGAGGAGUAGAGUGAUCCAGACACCCCGAGGACAGUUUUGGAGGACGGUUGCAGGCUGGAUCGGCGACAUGAGAUAGCCUUGAUCCUGAACUCCAGAAGUGGACCUCGGUCUCGCAGUUGCACGUGUCUUCCUUCAAAAUGGCUGCCAGGCUGGAAUGGUGCAUGACAUCAGAGGCUUCUGACCUUCCUGAUUGGAAAGACUGGACUCCAUGGUUCUUGGCAACGGAGGUGGACAAGAGCAUCUUCGCAGAGCAUGUCCAUACUCCUAGCUUGGCCCCGGCUUAGAGAAGGGAUAACAGGGCUUGGGUUCACCCAGAAGCCAGAAGGGGAGUUUGAGAAGAGGAGGGUCUGAGUCUCCUGGGAGGGCACAAAGAGCUUGGGAGAAAUCAUGGCCAGUUGUCAACCGUCCGCCCAGUCUGAGGGCCAGAGCCCCCAGCCUAGCACAUCAGGGUACCCCCCGGAGGCCGUGGUAGAUGAAGAAAGCCCAGGACCAUCAGCCCCCUUUGUAGACCCCUGCCCCUUGCCUCAGUCCCGCGGAAGGAAGAGAGACAUCGAAUCCGAUGAGGAGACAGCCCCUGAGGCCAACGACAUCUGGGUGGUGGAGACACUGAGUGGCCUCAAGAUGAAGCUGAAGAGACAGCGGCUAUCUUCAGUGCUCCCUGAGCACCACGAGGCGUUCAACAGGCUGCUCGAGGAUCCUGUCAUUAAAAGAUUUCUGGCCUGGGACAAAGAUCUGAGAGUAUCCGACAAGUAUCUCUUGUCCAUGGUCAUCGCCUAUUUUAGCCGCGCUGGUCUCUUCUCCUGGCAGUACCAGCGAAUUCAUUUCUUCCUGGCACUCUACCUGGCCAAUGAUAUGGAAGAGGACAACCAGGCCCCCAAACAAGCCAUCUUUUCAUUCCUUUAUGGGAAGAACCGUUCCCAGCGUCCCUUGUUCCACAAACUGCGAUUGCAAUUCAUCCGAUCCAUGGGAUGGAGGACCAGGGUGUCCAGGGAAGAGUGCGAGGAGAUCCAGGCUUUCGAUCCAGAUCUGUGGGUGUGGGGGCGAGAUCGCACCCUCAUACCCUAGAGGGACCAUGGAGGCCCGAGGUCAUCGGCCUGAGGGGAGAUCCCUGAGCCCCGGGGAGACGCACGUUUUCGGUAGGAAGUCAGGAACACAGGAGUUUCUUU